AUGGCGGGAUCCGACACCACGCCUCUGCUGCAGACCACCGAGGCGAAGCAGAGCAUCAAGCUCCUGGGAUUCGAGCUGAGCCGUCGCGUUCGGUCUUGGCACUUCGCCCUGGUGUUUCCCAUCUUCACGCCGGAACAGGGUAAGGCUGAGAUCAAGGAUCCAGAGGCCACGUGGAAGACGCUUUUCCUCGUGACCGAUGACACAGCCUUGCCCACGUUCCCCAAGCCUCUCACCCUGAAGGACCUUGUUGACAUGGCGUGGUCCAAAGUGUGGGACCUGCUUGAGGGCAGCGGCUACGAGAUUCAACAGUUCGAGUCCAUUGAUGGUGACGAGACGUUCGUGCUUUUCAAAGCAAAAGACAUCGAUGAGGUCGCGGAGUUUGCGGAGGCGAGAGCAAGGUUGAAGCCAGAAACCUACCACAAGGCGAUGAAGAAGGAGGGCACGUGCCCCACCGAGACGCGCAAUGCCAGCGGUGAUUGGCAUCUUGAAGUAUACACGGAUGGCCUGGUCCCCGGCGAGAAGAUCACCAAUGAAUUCCCGCACUACGUUCGCUACACCCGUGCCAUUGCCGACAAGGUGGAACCGUUCACCGUGCCAGAGCCAGGGUCUGAGUUGAAGUUCACCGGGGUAUUACGUUUCAUGGCCUUGUGGGUGGUGCUGCAGCUGCGCUUAACACGGCGGCACCUGCGCUCGCUUUUCAGCAUCGUGGAGAUGGAGAAGCUGGGCGUCAUCUCGAAGUUCUUCCCGCUCCAUGAGUGGGAGAAGCUCGACCGGCUGUUCAACAGGCACGUCUCGGAUGUUGUGGCGCAGUACACCGGAAGCCGCAUCGCCUUCUUCUUUCACUUCUAUGACGUCUUCACCAGGUGGAUGUGCGUCCCCGGAUUGUUGGGCCUCUGCGUCCUCAUCUACUCGUUCAUCUUCCCUGGUGUGGAUAAAACGGAGAAGGUGGUGAAGAGCAUCUACGGCUGUUUGAUUUGCAUCUGGGCCACGGUCUUCUUGGCCCGCCAUGAGCAGCUGAUGAACAUGAAGAAGGUUCGCUGGGGGCUGUCGGGCGCCGUGAGCGAAGUUGCUAACGUCCGGCGCCAGUUCAGCGACGCCUACCGCGGCACCGUACAGGAGGGCCUGCAGAAUCUGGGGCACUGGAUCCUGGUGUUCCUGGUGCUGGGCCAGUUCGUUUGGGUCCUCUUCACCCUGAACGGACUUCGCCAUGUCGCGCACGAGAACCCUGAUGGCAAAACGUUCGAGUUCAUUCCUAACGAAUACGUCAUCAUUGGGACCAAGUACCUCAUCACCAUCAACAUCAAGGUUGUGGACUUUGGGUGGACUCUACUUUCGACUUGGCUCAGCAAGAAGGAAAACCACCGUGCUGAAAUGGACUUGAAGUCGGCUAUGGCUGUGAAGCUCUUUGCCGUAAAGUUCGUGAUCUUCUACUACCCUUUCGCUCGGCUGCUGCUUAUCCAGCCUUACCUGGAGGAAGGGUGCCCCAAAGCAGGAUGUGUCGAAGUGCUGAGGGCAGACUUGCGUGUCUUCUUCAUCACACAGGUGGCAUCUUUGGUUGUGGAGAAUAUCGUCGCCCUGGCCCUACUGAAGUGGAGCAUGCGAACCGAGAUCAUGAACAAGGAACAGCGACAGCGAACAGCAGAAAGCUCCGGUUCAGCCCGUGCUUUUCAUCUUCAAGGCCAAGCCGCGCCGGACAAGCUGUCCUACAUCGAGGUGCAGGCGAUGCUCUCCGAGUACGAUGAAACCGAGGAGAUCACCCAGUACAUGCAAGUUGUGACCAACUUUGGCUUCGUCACCAUGUUUGGAUGCCUUUGCCCUUCCGUCAGCUUGCUUUGCUUCCUCGCCAACUUCCCCAUCAAGAAGUUGACUGCCUUCAAGUUUGCUUAUGCCCUGCGGCGAGUGAUGCCAAUGACGCAGGAUGGGAUCGGCUCCUGGGCGGCCAUCAUGCACUUCGUGGGCUUCAUUGGCAUCACCAUGACCACCUACAGCGUGGUCUUCCACUACGACACCUUCGAAGGUUCCUCCAUGCUCAUGAAGUUGAUCGCCUUCGUCCUGAUUGAGAGGGGCCUCAUCGCCCUGAAGAUCGCUGUGGAGGGCUUCCUGGGUAACAAGACGGUGGUGCAGAAGCGCGUGGAGGAGUACAACGAGUCGGUCAUCGACAAAGUGAUCCCGCGCAUUGCGUCCCAGAAAAGGAACUCGGACGGAGCGAAUCAGUCCAAGAAGCCGGCACGACGAUCGAUCAGGAGCUGCCAUUAUGAAGGCGGCAACACCGAUGCUGGACGUGUCGAGGUUUUCCUGUCGAGCCGCUGGCGCUGGAUCUGCUUGGGCCAGGAGGGCCCUAACUUCACCCUCUCGGCUGCUGAGGUUGUCUGCCGCCAACUCGGCCUUCGACGAGGACUUAGCACCUUCCGGAUGGCGAACGGGGCAUCCACAGACGCCUCCGCCCUGCGGAGAGUAGACUGCCGAGGCACCGAGGCCUCCCUUCUGGACUGCCAACUCCAGGUGCAGGAUGCACUGCCGCCACUUUGUGGGGAUCCUGCAGGUGUCGCUGCCGCCGCUGUGCGGUGCACGAACUUCGUCCCAGAGGAGCAGCCAGCCGUGCGGCUGACAGGCAACGCCUCCCGACUGCUGGAAGAUGCGGCAUUGCGGGUGGCUUGUGCUGCAGAGGAGGAGGAGUCGAAGACCGCGCUCCCCUCCUUCCAUUGCGAGAUUGUCGAGGCGGUCCACCUGCCGGCACGAGCUUGUUUGGUGAGGCAGCACCACUGGGCAGGAGUCACUUGCCGCUUUUGUGUUCCCUGCGGCUAUGGAGGCACCACUGGCCUUGGCUCGAAAGCGCUGGCGCCAGGCUUUGUGGCGCAGCCGGUUCAGCCCGACCCAACGUUUCACUACGCCGGUGCGCCUGGGCAUGUCGUUGUGCAACCGGAGAUUUGCAUGACUUGGUAUGUGGCAACGGGUUACGUGAAGCAAGACAAAUCGCAGCCGGAGCAGCAGGUGUUGAAACUGCACGAGCUCAUUAGCUUCGAGGGCUCCACCGAGUCCAAGGCAGAUCCCCCGAAAGUUUCGCUCAACGAGCCAGAGUUCGUCAUCGGAGGGCCAUCUGGACCGGCAUGGGACUUAAAAGAAGAUGUGGAGGAGGUACUCUCCACAUUGUCCACAUUGUCAGAGGUCGCCGGGGCUUGUGAGGUGUUUUCGCUUGCGUCCGGUCUCCACCGCAUGGCGAAGCUUGCGGAUGAAAAUGCCUAUGGCGCCAUGGGAGGAUUGGAGCAUGUGUUAGAUGACCCACGCCUUGAAAGCGUUGUGUCAGUGCUUAGGUCAAAGGCCCAAGGGCUCACAACUCCACGCGCCAUCAUGCAAACCAUCUGGGCCCUCGGAAAGCUUGGGGUCAAAGGCUACGAUGUGCAGGCCAUCAUCGCCCAGCUCGCACAAACCUCCCCGCCAGUCAUGCACCAGUGGUCGAGCAAGGAGCUUUCAAACACUCUUUGGGGCCUGGCCAGGUUGAGCGAGAGCUUGUGCGGGCUGCGGCCGGAGGGACUGCAGCUCGCAUAUCGGGUGAUGAUGCAAUGCACUUUGCGGCUUGAGAAGUUCAGCACGCAGUGCCUCACCAACAGCUUCUGGGCGGUGGCGAAGAUCGGGCUCAAGGGCCGGGAAGCGAAAGCCUUCUGUAACGAGUGCCUCUACCACAUCAAGGAGGUAAUGUACAGGGAGAUCUCUCCGCAGGGUCUGGCCAACAGCCUCUGGGCCUGUGCCAAGUUCCAGUCGGAAUGCCGCGCUCCUUUGGACAGGGAUGCAGUGAGGCUCUUCUGCGGCGAUGUGGCACGGCGGACAAGGGCUGCGGAAGGCCUUAUGAAGAUGUUUUUUCCGCAGGAGCUGUCCAUGGCGCUGUGGGCCAUGGCAAAACUGAUUGGACGCAGGUCCCGAUCCAAGCCGAACGACAUUUGCUUCGAGGACGUGUGGUGGUUCGCCGAGUCGGUGGCCUCUGAGGCCGCGUUGCGCAUCGGCGACUUCACGCCGCAGGGUGUGUCCAACGUCGCGUGGUCGCUGGCGACGCUGGAUGUGAUGAAGGGCGCGGAAGUCUUGAACUUCUUCGACGUUGCGGCCCAAAACGCCGCGGCGAAUAUUGAGGCAUACCCCCCACAGGCCAUCGCAAACUGUGCCUGGGCCUUCAACCGCCUAAGCCAGAAGGGCCGCAUGGUGACGCUCUUUGGAAGUGUGGCUGCCAGCGAAGCCUUAAGAAGGAUCGAUGAGUUCUCGUGGCAGGACUGCUCCAGCAUGGUCAGCGCGCUGAUGAACAGCCUGAAGUGCCUGGAGGUGCGCGAGCUCGCGAGGGAGGUGGUUCUUCGAGCGAAGGGGCACUGUAAGGAGAUCGGCACACAAGCGCUCUUGAACAUCGCCUUCUCGGGCGUGCGGUUAAAGCUCGACCAUGACGUCAUGAUCCCCUUGGUGUAUGAAAUCGCCCAUGCCUUCGAGGGCCAGAUGCAGGGCUUCAACGACAUCGAUCUGAGGCAGUGGGAGGAAGCGCAGCGCUACUGUCGCAUUCACAUUCCGGGCCCCACGGGUGGCAAGAGUCAGGGGAAUGCCCGAGACAUGAAGUUCAAUCAGCAAAGUUUUCUGCAACAGAGCUUGCCGGUCCGCCAUGCGCCUGGGAGUGGAUCAGAGCUUUGUGUGCCCAGUGCUGGGGCCAUCGGUUGGGAGCCCGAUAGCAGCCGAGAUGCGAGCGUGCAGUGGGCGCAGCGGCAGGCAGUCUUCUCCCCAUUAGGCCGCUUGCUCUUCGACCUCGAUGCGGACGUCCUUGGCCUCACAGGCCCGAAGGCCGCGGGCCCACCGAAGUUGUCUGGAGGAGCUCUUGACAUCUACUCGGCCCUUGAGAGGGACGGUGUCGUGGAGUUGGGCGACCUCGGCCUUCCUCCCGAGCUCCAGGCUGCCGCCAUCGAAUCCCUAGAUCGGGGCCCGGUCCUCUCUGCCGCGCGGACCGCGCUGCCAGCGCUGGAGACGUGGCUCCGGAACAAUGUGGCCCUGGCAUCUGCCGUGGCAGCGUACCUGGGUGGUAGGGCCUUGCUCCAUGGCUACAAGGUGGUGCACCUGCCAGCCACGCUAACCACCAAGGAGUUCAUCUCCGCGCACUGGCAUCAUGAUCGCGCAGGGCGACGACUCAAGCUGUUCUUGCGCCUGAAUGAUGUCGAUCCCACGGAGGGCCACCCGACACAGGUGGCGUUGGGCUCCCAUCGAUUGUCCUACUACUGGCACGAGGAGUUUGAGCAGUCACGCUACGCAGACUCCUAUGUCCGGAGCCACUUCGAGACCUCGCGCCUUGCUGGGAAGAAGGGCACCGGCUACAUUUUCGACACCAACACCAUCCACAAGGGAACACCAGAAGGUACCCAGCCCCGCGACGUCAUCGUCGUGGAGUACCACCACGCUGCGAAGUGCGGCCUUAUCAGCUCAUUAGGGCUGAACAUCCCCUGCCCUUCCGGCGACCAGAGAGCCCUGAACUGGUACUUCGAUCUUACUGACGGCCAGCUCCGGUGGAUUCCCGAGGAGGGUGACGAAGCAGCGAAAAGGAGCGAGGAGCGUGAGAGUUGA